CGGUGCGGUCACCGGCCGCGGGGACCCGCCGCUCCCCGGCCCCGCCGCUCCCAGCGGCGGUGCGGUGUGGGUUCCUCGGCCCGGUGCGGGUGUAUCCCCCGCCUAAACGGGUCAGGAUGAGCGGUGAGGACGGGAACGAGGAGUUCUACCGGCAGCUGCAGCUCCAGCAGCAGUACGACGCCAAGCCCGAGCCCGGCGGCGAAAGCGAGUCCGACCCCUUCACCUACGUCGAUCCGGCCGACGGAGCUGCCUACGAGUGGGACCGGGAGAAGAAGGCCUGGUUCCCCAAGAUAACAGAAGAUUUCCUAGCAACGUAUCAUGCCAACUACGGCUUCAAUGCAGAGGACACAGACAGCUCAUCUGCUUCUGGCACAGCAACUGAAAGUAAGCAACCAGUAAGCUCUAAGACAUCAGGAACUCAACCAUCAGCAAAUGAGAAAGGACCACAGCAAACAGAUCCAAAGCAAAAAGCAGAAAAACGGAAGCUUGAGCCAGGAUGGUUUCAUGUUGAAGAAGAUAGAAACACGAAUGUUUAUGUGACUGGUUUACCUCCAGACAUCACGAAAGAUGAAUUUAUACAAGUCAUGUCAAAAUGUGGUAUCAUUAUGCGAGAUCCUCAGACAGAAGAACACAAAAUCAAACUGUACAAAGAUAAGGAAGGAAAUCUUAAAGGAGAUGGUCUGUGUUGCUAUCUAAAGAGAGAAUCAGUUCAACUUGCUUUGAGACUUCUGGAUGAGGCAGAAAUUAGAGGCUAUAAAUUGCAUGUGGAAGUUGCAAAGUUUCAACUGAAGGGGGAGUAUGAUGCAAGCAAAAAGAAGAAGAAAUGUAAAGACUACAAGAAGAAGUUGUCUCAACAGCAGAAACAGCUGGAUUGGAGGCCAGAGAAGAAAGAGGGUGCAACUCGGAUGCGACAUGAACGCAUCGUUAUUAUCAGGAAUAUGUUCCACCCAAAGGACUUUGAGGAGGAUCCCUUAGUGCUAAAUGAGAUCAGAGAAGAUCUUCGGACAGAGUGUGAAAAGUUUGGUCAAGUAAAGAAGGUUCUCAUUUUUGAUCGACACCCUGAUGGCGUGGCCUCUGUGUCCUUCAAAGAACCUACAGAAGCUGAUCUGUGCAAGCUGACGCUAAAUGGGAGGUGGUUUGGUGGCCGUCAGCUCAGUGCUGAAACAUGGGAUGGUGUAACGGAUUAUCAGGUGGAGGAGACUGCAAGAGAAAGGGAAGAAAGGCUCAAGGUGUGGGGAUCAUUCCUAGAGGAUCCUGACGCAAAGGAGCAGCAAACAGCAUCUGAAUCGGAUUCUGCAACGAGUAGUGUUAAACUGCCUGAAGGCAGGCAACCUUCAAGUGUUAAUGACACAUCUAAGGAUGAUGUAAAUACUGAAGCCCAGAAGAGGGAGAAUAAUGGUGAGGGCAUUAAUGAAGAUGGAGCUCCAUCUACAGACAGCAGCCUUGCAGGGAGUGAUGAUGAAGCAGAUACAUAACAUCUUCAAUGCUUUCUGAAAGCAUGGGUUUUAGGGUGGUGUUUGAGUUUAUCCCUUUCUUCAGGGUGACUGCAGACAAUAUUCAUAUGAAUUACAUGCAUAUUAGAAUGUCAUCAACUGUGUGCUUUGAAGUUUUCAUUAAAAGCAGUAUUCAGGUUCUAAAAGUUUGUAUUAAUUGGCUGUUCAGGUAAAGUAACUCAAGUUGCCAAGAAUGCAGUAAAACUCAUCAGGCUUCUUUUGUUCUAACUAUGCUUGUCAGUGUUUCAUGAUGUAAGUGUAGAAUAUGUUCCAACCCUUAAGUUUAUGUAACUGUAUGUAACUGAAGUAAUGCAAAGCUAUUACAAGAUUUGUGGAUUAUACUGCUAAUUUUCCUGUACCCCUUGGAACUCAGUAUCUUACCCUUAACUUCUUUUCCAGAGUACUCUGGAUCGUUUGAUGGAACAGAUGCUGUGAUGUAGUACAAGGUGAAUGCAUUGGAUAUGCCUUAAGUAGCAAAUGAUAAGAGUAGUACCAAGUAACAAAGGAAGUGGAAAACAGUGUUGCCAUAGCCAACAUAAGGCAAACUGAGUGAAGAUAGGUUAUUAAAUCACAGCAUUCAGGAAAUCAUGUUUUAUUUCCCCUGGUUUGAUUUUCAGUUGAUGCUUAAAUCUUCUGUUGAGGCUGGAAUUAGUCAAGGAGACUAGAAAUGCAUGAGCACACACAUUCUAGGCCAUAAUGAAAUCAGACUGAUCUUAAACUUUCAUGGUCUGUAUGCAGUAGGUAUGCGAAAUAGGCUUUUGAUUGAUGUCUUGACUUCGUUUAGUUUUUGCUUUAACAUUAGGGUAAAAGCUUUCAUUGAACGUUAGAAUGGCGAGUGUGAGUUCUCUCUGACAUUUUGCUUUAGCUUUUCAGAGUGGGAAUGGUCUCCCAUAUUUCAUAAAACUUAAAGGCUUUUGGCAACUUGAACUACAGUUUGUUGUGCAAAAGUUAGAAUACUUGAAAAUAUGCUUUCAAAUGCUAUCAUUUUCUAUGGAAAAAGCAAACGUUAGCCCUCUUAUAAAUAUUCCCAAAAGCAGGACUUAGGAAACAUUCUAAUUUUAGAUAUCUUAGUAAGAAUAACUUGGGGGAGUCAUUCUGGGCAUAGUCAUUCUUAAUUUAAAAUCCCAUUACUUUGAUACCUAAGGGUAGAAGAAGAUGGAUUUAGGCACCAAACAAUUAAAACAUUGGUGCUAAAUUCCUAGCAUGUUCUUUAUGUGGAUGGUGACAAGUGUGCAUUUUUAAGGAGGGCAUUUUAAGGGUUUUUUAAUUCUCAUUUGAUUAAUAAGAAUGAAAGAAUGAAUAUGAAUAUGCAAGACCCCAUAGAUGUUGAUUCUUGUCUUUCCACCCUCAAGUACUCAGAAUACUCUGAAAAUUGGUGUGUUCAAACUUUGUGCUCAGAGAUCCCCAUCUGUAUUCUUUCCCAGAAGUCUAUAUGAUAUUUGAAGUUUGUUUUGUUCUCUUGGUUUUGGGGUUUGGUUUUGGUUUUCUCUUGUUCUUGUUUUAAUAUGUAAUCGAAACGUAUGGGUAGCUAUGGCAACCAGAGCAUCUAAGUUAACCCUUGCCGCUGAGGUUAUGAAUUACAUCUUUUUAUGGUGAAAUACCUGGUCUUACAACAGAAAUGAUACUUGAAUUCAGGAUUUAAAAGCCUGGGGGCUCAUUGUAAGCUGGUAUGAUGAAUUUCCAACGUUGGCUUGCAUUAUACAGAAGAGCUGUAACUGUUGCCAGCUAAGAAAGUCCAUUCUCUCACCUUUACAAGUGUGAAUUACAGCAAAGCAGGUAUUUUGAACAAUUCAAGGCAUCUGAAGCACUGCCUGGUUUGUAUUGCACCCAGUGGCAUAUUCACAUUACAUCUCUGGGUUGUGUUGCUUCUGCCUCAGUUAUUUUUAUUGCUAAUAAGCCCCACAGACCUUUGGGGGCUGGAAGUUUCUGCAUAUGAAGAAUGUGAUGUAGUGUGGUGGGUAUUGCUUUCAGUGCUCCUUUUUUGCCUUCCAGCUUCUAGACUCCAGGCUUUAGAUCUGUUACUCUUGUGUUUUGUUAAGGGUUUUUUUGAGAGCCCAGUCAUAUAACACCCUACACAGUUAAAUCACGUGUUUUACAGUGGAAUUGCAACAGAUAUAGAGAAACUUACUGACAAAUGUAUAAAGUUGUACAGUCCUAUGAAGCCUUAUUGUGGUAUCAGAUAGGAAAAUAAGGUUAGUGUUAGUGUUUGGAACAAGACUGGAUAAUAAAGAACCAUUCUGUGUGCAGUAACCUUCCUCUCUCCAAUUGAUGUACAAAUAUGAUCAGCUUCCUUCAAAAGUCCAACGUGGUGGUAGUGUUUUCACCUUGUCCUCUAGACCCCCUAAAGCAGAGCACCCACACAGACCGAGACCAAAUGCUUUCCUAUUACCUAGGAUAGGUAAGAGAAUAAAAGCUCUUUCCAUGCAUAUACAUUGUUCUGAAGCGUGGCAUUACACUCAAACAGGUAUUAUCCUUUUGUCUACCUCUGUUAUUCCCCAGUAAAAUGUAAAAAUCUAUUUUUCUAAACUAUUCAUUGAGUUCUUGAGGCAUUUAUAAGUCUAUGGAGAGGUUAAUGCAGCUGGGACUUUCUUUUCAGCACAUUCAUUGAGACCAAAUUCUUUUUGAUGUUGCCCUGUUUUUUAAAUGAUGCCAAGUUUUAUAAAUCUGAACCUGAAUUAAACAUUUUCACUAAAUACUCUAAUUUUAAAGUAUGAUUAUGGGAACCUUGUAUUAUAGAACAGUGAUGGUUAAUACAAAACUGUAACAAACCUGAAGCUGAACAUAGUUGCUUUUUAAACUUAAGUUCUUCUGACUGAGCAGCAGCAGAAAUGAAUGGGGAAAAAGUGAAAAUCCCAAUACAAUUUUCCCUAUAUUUAUUCCCUAAUUAAAAGUGCUUUCUAAUGACUUGCCUUGCUCAUAAAAAGGGACAAAAUCAAUCUUUUUGCUGAGUUUCUCCUUUUCCUUAGGCUCCAUUCCAGUGUUCCAGUGUACUGUGUGUGCCUUCAUCCCAAGGAUGAUGUUGAGAUGUUCAUUUUAAGGCAAGCUCCUUCCCUCUAUGUCCUGAUGACAGUAACUAGCAGCACCUUGGCCCAACUGGUGUUGCUCAGUUUUGAACUACAGGUAUAGCUGUUUUUACUAAUUCACACAGUGUAACAAAAUGGGAUGUGAAGCCACCUCAAUAUAACAGCAGGGAAAGAGUAUUAGCUGAUGCUUCAGCAUAAUUCACCAUAGAUAAUCACUUCCUUCACCAUGCCAUACAAAAUCAGUUGCUUAGCUUCAACAUACAGUAGUAGUUUGCUUUCCAGUGCUGUUUAGUGGUUUGCUGGUGAGGGAACUGCACAGUUACAAGUAUGAGAGGAGCAUUGAGAAGAGCAUGGCCAAGGUAGACAUCUGCAAGCGAGAGGGCACAUAAGUUGUAGCGGGUUCUUGAAUGUUCCUAUCCAGCUGUAAAGAGAGAAUUAGUUUCAUUUUGCAUCAAAAUGUUUUAUCUGUUUUCUCCUGCUGACUUUUGGAAUUGCUUCUUUGUUUUUUAAUUGAAUUUCACUCCCUCAUACAAAUUACACUUUGUAUAAGGAUUGCAAUUCACUUAAAAUCCUUAGGAUGAUAAAUGCAGUGCAUUUUAGCUACGACAUAUCCUCAACAUUAUUCAGUUAAGGCUUACCUCUAUUUACAAUCCAAAUCCUUAGCUUGAGUCACUUGAGGAAACUUAAAGGUAUUGGAUGCUUCAUAGAAACCCAUACUUGCUUUAAAUUUUCCAGCAAAAUGGAUGUUCAAGCCCUGAAUUCUUGACCUGUGUAGCCUAAGUGAAUUCUAAAUAAACCCCACCAUAUCUAGAGAUGUCAUUUGGAUUUUAAAGUCUUUUUCUUUCUGAACGUGAGGAAACAUACUGCAAUAUGAGACGUGAAUUCUGGACGUUGUGGACUCGUGUUGAUUUGACUUGUAUGUAUUUUAAUGCUCAUUAUACAAGGCUUGAAGUCUUCCUGUCAGGAGACUCUGGAAGUUCUGUAUUUAUAGGAUUGCAAACUCUUUUGCAGCAAAUUGGGUUGGUUUUUUGCUCAUUCUGUAAUAUGAAAGCCUAUUGUUAGAUUAAACUUGACAAGAACUUGACUUGGAAUUUUUCUGACAGGGUUUUUUCUUUCCAUAAAUGGCUCAUUUUCAUUUAUCCUUUAGAAAACCAGCAUUUAAUCGUCCUUGAGUAAUAUUGACCUGUGAGAGCAUCUGAGAAUCCCUGCAUUCAUCUUCAAUUUUGUUUCUUAAAGGGGUUGUGUUUUAUACUACCUUUUUAAUAAACAAACUGGUGAA